AUGGCUGCCACCUCGAACGGAGUUGAUUCACAUCCCACGGAAAGCAAGACAUGCACACCAAAAGCCUCCUUUUCCUUGGAAAAUAUCUUGGGAAAUGACCAUGAAUCCAUAGAGCAUCCGGGAGCCGUUAAUGGGAGUGGCAGUGUUGCGAGCGGAUGGGACGAAGAGCAGACCAAAAGGCCUAUAUCGGACGGUUACUGUGUUGAAUGCGAAGAUCAGCCUGCUCAGAUUCUCUGUGAACAAUGUGCCGAUUCCUUUUGUGAAGUUUGUUUCGCCGCUCAGCAUCGGAAAGGAUCCAGAAAGAGCCAUAACACGAAAUUACUACGCGAUUUGAAAGACCCUUCACCGCAGAAAAAAGAACCGAAUGAAGCCGACGCCGACGUUUCGAUGGAAAUUGGGACUGACAAUGACUCGGAGGGCGAAGACUGGGAACCAGUUAUUCCCGGUAGGGCCCCUGCAGAAUCACUUAACUCCCAGUCCGCUGUUUGCUCCAAGGUCGGCGAAUGGUUUGUGGAGCGUUCCAUGUAUAUUCCACUGCGCCUCACUCUCGGCGAGCGCAAGUACUUGCGGCUUCUGGAGGCAGCGCUCUCGGUGUCAGAGUACACAGACAAGAUAGAUACCCUGGGUUUUGCCCACUCAAAGCCUAAGCGCAUUGUGCACCAAAUUCGCGAGUUGUGUGCCAUCAUGUCGGGCUUGCUUUUGUCUGCGGAUUACAAGCAGGGACAAGAGCUUUUUCAGGACAGGGAUUUUCAGUCGAAUGCAGAAUUCUAUCAAUCGAUUUUUGAGCUCGGCCGAAGACACAAGAUCAUGAAUCCAGACAAAAUGCGAACCACCUACGGUAAACUCAUCUACCUACUUCAGGAUAGCCAAAUGCCUGAAGUCAAAGAACUUUUAAGUUUUACGUGCGUGAAACCCAUCAAGACCGUGCACUCUGUCCUUCAAGAGCAUAAUGCUCUGGAUUUGCUUCACGACGAACUUAUCACAGUGGCCACCAAAGAGAUUUAUUCGGAAGGUCGCUCUCGCAGGGAGAUACAGAAAGAUAUCAAAAGCAAGGAAAGGGCUAUUGAAGUCUUGUCCGCGCGCUACGAACGCCGUGGUCUCAGCCAAGAGAGUCUUCGACAGUGUCUUUACAGCAUAGGCGAUAAUCAUGCAUUCCUAAGGGUCAACAGAGACCCUUGUGAGCGUAUGAUAACUUAUUUAAAAGAACAUUUCCACCCUUCCCAAGCACCGGAUAGCAAGAGCAGCCUGGCCAUCCGGAGUGGCAAAGAUGGUGCACGACUUUCCCAUGAUCACAGCAAACAGUACGCCUAUGUUCUACAAAGUCUUUCCUUGUGGAGGGAGAUCUUGCAUGAUAUGUUCCAUCUUUGGUCGCUCACCGAGGAAGACCUAUUAUCGGAAACUAUUUCAUAUCGCUUGAGAGAUACUGGCCAAGGCCUCAAUCGUGUCCAGGCUUCUCCUAAAACGUCUAGAAUGAUGUAUAGCAUAUUGCACAGAGCCCAGAAAAGCGUUGGGACGUGGAUUGGUUCCAGUGUCAUCCAUAUGGGUGACCACAAUGUCCCAAACGCACUCCUCUUCAUAGAUAAAUACACCCAAAUUUAUCGUAUCCUUCUUCCGGUCUGUAACACACUCUCACAAAUACCUUCCCUCGCAAAGCGGCCCGCUCUCCGAUCCUACAUUGACGAUGAGUUUGGCUCGCCUGAAAAACUCACUCGGGAGAUUCUGGUGGAUUUCUUCAGACACGGUUUCGACGGGUCGGGAGCAGACAACUUCUUUGAUGCUGGGAGUUGUAUCGACGGUCGUCUGACUAGUGUUUGGAACUGGUGUUCAAACUUGGAGAAGAAGAGAUACUUCCCAAUCUUCUUACUCACAGGUUUUGUUGGAUUUGAUGGAGAAUGGUAG